AAUCAUUUCAAGUGGAACAAUUUGCAGAACCAUCGCCGGAAUUCUCGCCGGAAAAAUGCACAACGGCGAUCACCCUCUCUACCCGCAGCAGAACUAUCCGCAGAGCCGCAAUCCGAGCCCGAUGGAGCCUUACUCCGUCGCUCCGCCGUCUUACGCAUCCGCCCCGCCGUUCUCCGUCAACAAUUACGCUCCCGUUUCGCCUCCCGCCGCCGAUUACUCCGCCGCUUACCACCACUACAAUCAUUCGUCAUAUGGUUCCUUCACGCGGACGCCCGAUUCGGCGCCCGCCGAGGGUUCGUAUUCGCAGCCGCAACCUGCGUAUAAUUUCCCCCAAUUCGAAGUUCACGGGACGUACCAGCCUUCGUCCCAGCCUCCGAGCCAGGCGGAUCAAUCUUCGUAUUACGGUCGGCCGGCGCAGAGUUACGCAUCGAGCCCAAACCCUAGUCUGAUUCCCCCAAAUUCAGGCUAUCCGUCAACGCAUCCCUCUACGCAGUACCCUCAAUUGAAUACCGGCUUUUAUGAUUCCCAAUACGAUAAUCGUGACGUGAAUUUGAGCCGGAGCAGAUCAGAUUUGGGGCCCGAAUUCAAUGGCAGACGAGGAGAGAGCGGAUACUCAGGAUAUGAGAAUGACGGUAGCUAUGGGAGCAAUGAAGGGGUUUAUGCGUAUCGGGGUGCUUCCGAGCCGUAUGGAGCUCGGGGGACUGCUCCAAGGUCUUCGACAUGGUCUGGAUUUGAUGAUUUUGGAAGGCCUAUUGGGUAUUCAUCCUCGUCUUCGGAGAAAGAGCGAUCUUCAGACUAUGGCUUGAAGGUUGUGAGGGCUGUUCCAAAGGCUGAUACGCAACAGGAUUCCAAAGGUGGAGUUCAGAAGUUCCGGGUGAAGCUGUUGGCAGAAAGUGGAGGACAGAACACCAUGGAUGUGCUUUGCCAGAUUGGUUUGGAUGGAAUCCGUAUGCUGGACCCAAGUACAGGGCGGUUAUUGAGAAUUUAUCUUCUUGACACUAUAACAAAGUGCGAGGCUAUUGAUUCAUCAACAUUUGCCUUCUGGUCAAAAAGCUCUGUGGACUUUGAACCUAGACGUAUUAGACUGAAAUCUAAUAGUUAUACCAACAACACCAUUUUGGACAUAGUUACUGCUGCAAUUGUCCAGUAUAAGGAGAUGGGUGGAAAAAGCCGCCCUUCUGAAUCUCCUAAAAUCGCGGAACAAUCUACAGAGAAGAAGAAAGGUUUUGCUGAUUUCAUCAAUUUAAUAAAACCUGCAGACGAGGAGAAAGAUCACUGGAUCCCUGACGAAGCAGUGUCAAAAUGCAGUUCUUGUGGAGCCAACUUUAAUGCUUUUGUGCGAAGGCAUCAUUGCAGGAACUGUGGUGAAAUAUUUUGUGAUAAAUGCUCUCAAGGCAGAACUGCACUUACUGCGGAUGAGAAUGCCCCAGUUGUUAGGGUUUGCGAUAUGUGCUUGGGUGAAGUUUCUCGUAGAUUGACCAGUGCCAAGGAAGGUGCCAACCGAUCCACUGCUGUUCACAGUCACGAGGAUCUUGCCAGGAAACUUCAGGAGGAGUUGGAGAGAAGCUGCAAGAUCUCAUCAGGCUCUAAAUCGGAUGGCUCAGGAAAACGAAUGAAAGAAGUCGCGUGCCCAACUUGCACUGUACAUUUACAGGUUCAAGUACCCCGCUCGGGUUCUGAGACAAUUGAAUGCGGUGUUUGCCAGCAUCCUUUCCUCGUCUCCGGCCAUUGAUCCAUUGUUGAUGUUCUUUAUUUUCUUGACAUAUUUGGUGUGGUUUGGUCUGAACAUUACAUUUUUUUUCCUUGAUACAUACUUACGGCUUCAGUUCCAACUCCCCCCUCCCCCUCCCCCUCCCCACCACCCACCCUUGUUUCUUUUUCUUUUUUUGGCUUCGUUAUUUUGGGCUGAAUUGUUCUACCAGAUAUUUGAGUGCUUAAUGUACAUUCAAGAUUGAGGAAUUAUCUAUCUGUAAAGCUAGAGGUUUG